AUCCAUUUCCAAAAGAUAUCAGUCAUUUCAAUCAUAUCUCUUGAGGACCCAUGAUUCGUUGCCAUCAACGAAUGAAAAUUUUUCCAAAACAGCUAAAUCGCCCCUACGAGGUUUUCAUUAACCAUCGAGGGAUUGACACCAAGAAAACCAUGACGGGACUGCUUUACAACCAUCUAGUCCGCCAUGGGCUCAACCCGUUUUUGGACAGCAAGAACAUGAAGCCUGGUGAUCGGUUGUUCGACAAAAUCAACGAUGCUGUUCGACACUGCAAGGUCGGGGUUGCUGUCUUGUCCCCGCGUUAUUGUGAAUCAUACUUUUGUCUCCACGAGCUGGCUCUGAUGAUGGAAACUAGGAAGAAGGUCAUUCCAAUCUUUUACGACGUGAAACCGUCGCAGCUCCAGGUUAAGGACGACGGGUCUCGUCCAGUUGAGGAGCUGAAGAGGUUCCAAUGGGCUCUUGAGGAGGCAAAAUACACUGUUGGUCUCACAUUUGACACAUUAGCAGGGGAUUUAUCGGAAUUCUUGACGAUAACGACAGAUGCAGUGAUGAAGAACCUGCUGGAGAUUGAAGAAAAAGAAGAAGAAUAUAUACAAACAGAAUAGGAAGCUAUUAUAUACGAGAAAGCAUGUCAAUCAAUCAUGACUGUAGGGAUGUUUCUUUCAGUUCUUAAGCAUUUGACAUUAAUUACUGUAGGAAGAACAAAGAAUAAUGUGAAUGUAUAUAUGGAGUAGCAUUUGAUUAAUGUAGCAUGUACAAAUUAAAAAGUGAUCAAAUGUGAACAUAAAUAUAUUUACAACCUUUGUGUAACAUUUUCUUCUUUGGUGGAAAGAAUAAAAAUCCUAAAUAAGG